GUAGUUCCCCUUGCAGGAAGUGCCAUUUCAUCUACAAACCGAAAAUUUGUUUUGGAUGUUCACUUUGUAUUAGUAUUAGGCUUGUUUUCAAAGUAUUUGAAAUUGAACACACUAAUUACAUUCCCUUUUAAAAAUAUAUUUAGAAAUUACUUAAUGGUGAGUUUAGAAAUUUAUGGUUCUAUUUUCUCAAUAUUAUUAACCGACGAAAAUGAUGUGCCACAUUCACAUAGUUGAAGUUGUAAACUUAAUUGUAGGAAAGGAAGUAGAAGCAGAUGCCAAAUCAUACACUAAUUGAUUAUUUUUAUUAGUAAUUACUAAUUUUAGGCCUAGUUAUUCAAAUAUAUAUACUAAGCAGUCAGGUACUCGUUACUAGUGCUGCUGUACAAAAUGAAACAUGUAGAAAAAGGUAGGGGAAACCUGAAAUAAAAAAAAAAAAGAAGCAACAAAACAAGGAAUGGUCAGCAAGAGAAGCCUUCAAAUCAGCAAACUGUUCAAUAGGUACCUCACUAAACUGCGUGCGCCGGGCGAUUUUUCGGAUGCGAGAAACAGAUCGUUAACCGGUGACCAGUCAGUGCCGGUAGGUCACGGUGUCAUGGAGAUACAGUUUCCUUUAUAUAUAAGGAAGAGACAAUGACCUUAUUGCUGCCAAUUUUGUGCACACGAGGAGGGCGAUCAUUACGAUCUAAUCUUUUUCAUCGGACGUUUAGCGCUUGUAGCAGAUAUCUUUCGUUGGGAAAACACGUAAGUUUGCUAGCACUAUAUUUCGGAAACCAUUAUAUUUUUCCAAUUAAUUCUUUUUCUUUUGUAUGUAAGAACAACUUAACUAAUUUAAAAAAAUCAACAAUAUGAAAUUUAGAUAGGACUUAAAUUGUCUAGACACAGUAGAAUUUGAGCAUAAUUAGUAACCAGUUAUAGAUUACGCAAAGUGAAUCAGAAGACACAGCCAUUCUCUGUUAUUCUUCUUAUUAUUCAACAAGAUGUAUUUUUUAUCUUUAUAAAUCCAUUGUUUUUAAAAGCGAUCCAAUUUAAUUUGUUUUAAUUUCAAGACUGUAAAUAAAUUGAUACCCGGUACAAAUUUUAUGGUUUUUUUUUAAAAUUAAAAUUAUAAAUUAAUUUUCAUGGUCAUGAUUACUUUACUUACUAAGAUAACUAUGUCAAUGCUAAAUCAUUUUGAUUUAUCUAAAUCUUUAUUUUAAUUGUAAUUAUCAACCUCUACAAAUGGAAAUUAUUUUGUUUUUGGGAAUAGAUAAAAAAUGAUACAUAAUUUAUCGUAAACUUGUUUUAUAUAAUUAAUUAAUUUUAAGCCCAACAGUAGCAGCUGCUGAACAUCAUCAACAAUUUUUUUUACUUUAAUUAUUUCAUAAUUUUAUUAACCUUUGUCUUCUAAAUAACCUGUCUCUGUUUUGUCUUUUUGUAUUAUACCAUAUUUUUACAACAACAAAAUGUAAUUUUCUUUAUUGCCUUAAACUUUAAGUUAGCUUAACGCUAAUACUAAUUUAUAAGUCAGCUAUAUUGACUCUUCAGGCUUUGUCUCCUUACUUUUGGUCAUUGAAUAAAUUUAUUAUUAAUAUCAAAGCAGUGCUUUGCUAAGCUGUUAGUACGUAAAACAUGAUAUAUUUUUUUUGGUCUGUUUCAGUAUCUUCUUUCUUUAAUAUAAAGCCAUGUCACCCCCACUUUUUGGAGGAGCAGUGAAUCUUGAUGGACGUGCUGUAAUAAAGACUCAUCAAGAUUACCAGAAUUAUAUCAGUAAAUUUAUAUCCCAUUAAGGAAUAAUAUUCCCUAAUGGAUAUGUUUUACAAACAUGGCUUACGCUGAACAAAUAUAAUGCCAGAACGUCUCAAAGUAUACAUCAAAUUUUGAAAGACAAAGGCCAUGAUUGUACCCUAAUAGGGAUAAACUCUGCGUUAGUGCGUUUAACCAGAGAUGUACACAUAUUCAAAAAGAACAUUAGCAAAAACUGGGAUCGUAACACUGGAAUUUUAAAUAUGCCAUUUAGGAUACCAGUACCAGUAAUAAAGAAGAAAGCGCCGAUAGUGGAAUCUGUCACUAACAUUGAAAAUAAAGAAACAGCAACGCAACUGAAAAGAGACUGUGACGAAAAUGUGACAAGUGCCCAGUGUUAAGAAAAGCACAUUUGAAGGCAGUAUGUGAUUUGAAAUAAAAAAUCAGAGCCUUAAAAAAUGACUUACGAGAUAUGUCGCAACGCUUUGAUGUAAAAAGAGUCAACCAAAAUUUUAAAAGAAAUGCUGCAGCUAGGGACUAGUUAACACAAGAAAAGUUUACAUUAAGAAAAUUUAAAAUUACAAAAAAAAAGUUAAAUUAUUUUAAAUCUAAAUCAGAUGUCGUCGUCGUCGAGGCCUUUUAGAAAACUGAAAAAAGGACUCAAACUAAAACAGAGUACGGUUUUGUAAAAGAAAAAAUGUUAGGAUUGAAAAAUAUUAUCAAGGAUAAAGAGGAAAGAAUAAAGGAAUAGGACUUAGAAGUUUGUUAUUUAAGAAAUGUUCUAAAAGAAUUGGAGAAGAGGUUCAACACUACCACAAUUGUAACAACUUUAGGGGAUUCUGAGAUGGAGCACAAGAGAAAGUAAUAUAGUGUUCCAAUUUGAAAAUGCAUAUACAUGUGCCUUUUAAACCAAGUUGCUAAAGAGAAGGCUGGACCUAUAAUUGAAUUUGUCAUUAAAGAGCUCUGCCAUUGGACAGUGUCGAGUAUUCCUGGACCGUCUACAGCAUCUCUAAUGGCUUAUGAGAUGGGACUAAUUUCAGAUUUGCAAUUAGGGGAGCAUUUAUUCAAUGCGCAAGAUGGCACUGCAACAAUUUCUUGGGACGGUACGACAAAAGAAAGCUGCCAUGUCAAUGAGUGUCAUAUAUCUGUUGAUGGUCAGCAAUAACACCUCGCAACUACUUUUGCUUUGUACAAGAACAUACAACAGCAAAUAGUGAUGCAAGUUCAGAAAUUGUUUUGCCUCAACACUCACUGACAGGGCAGCAGUAAAUCACUGCAUCAAUCAAGAAUUGUCUGCAUUUUUAAGUACAGAUUUGGUGGAGCUAAACUGCAAUGUGCAUCUCAUUGAAGGUAUAGCUUCCCAAGCUCGAUGAAUCCUGAAGAAAUUGGAUAACGAAUUUAAAGUUAAUAGUGGACUAUUUGGAUCCGAAGGAAGAGCAGCCAAUUUACUCUACUCUAUUUCCAAGCUCAGGUGGGUGUUGAACAGUUUGUUUUCUUUAUAAUUUAUAUAUACAUUAUAUCAAUCACGCAUAAACACAUAACCACAUCUUGACAGAUAUUUUUUUUUUUUAAAUUUGUUUAAAAAUGUAUGCCUAUUAAUUUUCAAUAGGUACAAGAUGAAAUCCGGAGAUCCGGGAGGUGACAGAGAUUUUUUAAACUAUAAAAACCUAGCCUCUGGAGUUAUAACAAGAUAUGUGGGGAAUAGAAUGCAUGUGCUGUUUCAUCUAACGGGAACCAUGUACCAUUUGAGAGACAUUUUAAAAGAAUUUCUGUCAAAAUACAAAGGAGAUGCUAAGAUGUCAAGCGCCAUCCUGAAAGAUUUGGAGAAUCCACAUAUCAUUAUUCAACUCAGAAUACUAGGUAAGUGUAAAUAUUUUUCAUUUAUUUUUUAACAGCUUGUUUUUUUUUUAAAAGGUUUGGAAACUUUUUAAAGAUUCAUACCGGUAAUGUAAUUUUUUGUAUUAAUUUCUUUGCUCAGGUUUGUUUGGAAAAGUGCUGUCAGGACCAUUGAUCACUCUAUUUUACCAGAACAAAGCUGGAAGAGCUCAUCUGGAAAUGGUAAUCUAUUUGUUUGUACCAGCCUCUAGUGGUUAGUCAUACACUGAAUUAGUACCAAUAUUUGCUAAUCCUGUGUUUCUAUACAUUUUAAAUAAAUGUGUUGUUUUUUUAUGGGGACCGUUCAUGAAGGUGUCUCUGGAGCAGUUGUCAAAAUUGAAGCUACAACCAGACCUUUUGAUAUCAACGGGAGAAGACUGCUUCAACAACUGCCUUGGAACAGAUGACCCUGUACUGGCAAGCUUGAAAAAUGGAGGGACAGAUGAAUUGUUUAACAAGAUAACAAGAGCUCUUGCUGAGGGAUGUGUGGUUGUCCUUACAGGAGCUCUAUCUUCUGUAACACCUGAGCUUCUUGCAAAAACCUCAUCUGCUCCUCUUCACAACAUGCAUAGUGAAAGAGUAUUGGGCAUGUUGGAUCACAAGCUUCGUCGUUCCCCCAAUGCAAAAAUGGGAUUUAGAGAUGGGAAAAUUAAGUUCAGUGUCAAACAAAACAAUGGCUUGGCUCCUUGACUAUAGCCCAACAGAAGAAAAAGCACUGAUUAAAUUUGCAAUACGUCACUCUUGUUCCAGUAAGGACCAUUGUGAGACUUGGGAAAAGUCAGUCUGUUUUAACUAAUCUCAUAGAAGCGGGGCAAAGAAAAGAUAGAUCUAACAGGAAAAAGGUUGAAAAGGAUGUUAAGCAAUUUUUACAUAAUCCAGAUUUAGGCACAGCUUUAAUGGGGAUUUUAGCAGAGGACCAUCAACACAUAUUUGAGGCAUUGAGCAGAGGAGAUCAUAAUUUAGUUGGAUGUAGAUUUGAACAUAUAUGAGAUGUUGGAGGAGUUGACAAAGUAUUUAUAGGUGUAAUUAGGGGAUUUAGCAAGGGAUCUAAGCCAUCAAUUUCAAUUCAGUACGAGGAUGAAGACAAGGAUGAGACCAGUCUACAUAACUGAAUUGCUGACAGACAUGCUAUUGAGGGACGUACGAUUUCUGCAGACAAGGUGAAACCAGUGGUAUUAAAGUAUAACGUUGAGCAGCCGCUGUGGGAAGUGUAAGUAACUGUCUACAGUAUAAAUAAUUUUAAAACAAGUGAUCUCUUUAUACAUAUAUUCAAAAUUUUCAUAGAAUUUGUAAACCUUGUAUCAAACAUUUAGAGCCAUAAAACUUACAUUUUUCAGAAAUGACGACACUGGAGGACUACCUUAAUCACCCUUAAGGACUACUGGAUAGACAGGAUCAAUAAAAUCACCACUGCCUUUAUUAAAUGCGGUAAUUUAAAACUGUGUCACUAGAAUACAUAAUCUUUAAAUUUAAAUUAAAUAGUAUUAAAAUUAAAUAAUUAAAUAAAUAUGAAACAUACUUUUUUUUAAUUAUGUUAAAAUGCAUAUUUUGUAAUUUAAUUAAUGAAUUUCUAUCUCUAUUUCAGUUUUUGGACUACAAGACCAACAUUGAAUUGCAGGGAGUUUGUGGAACAUAAUACCUCUCCUGCUUAGAGGUGCUGACUGCGUGCUGUGCCAAGUAUUGCUUCAGUAAAACUUUAGUUGAUAUUUCUUGGAAUACGGCCUCUACUGCCAAAAUUGUGACUGCUUGAACAAUUUCACUUAAAUUGUUGUACUGGUCUUUCCUGUUUUAACUAAGGCCUAUCAGGUUUGACGUAAUGUCCAACUGGACAAUCCACCAUAAUAUGGACCACCACAGCAUAAUCUUUAACAGCUAUGGAUAUUUUUCACCAUCAACUGCAUUUAUUUGGCAUUUUAUACAUACAGGACUCAAUUUAUCAUCAUGAUGGGUGGCAUCAACAACAUUGACACAAAAGUAAACAAUGUCUGGAAAACCAUUCAUCUUUGUUAUAAACUGAAUCAUUACCAUUACCAAUGGCAUCCACAACUGUUGCAAAUUUGAUCAAGAUUUGGCCCAUGGACGUGGCAAACACAUUCUUUUUUACCAUCUUUCAAUGAAAGAAAAUGUAUCACUUUUAUUCAGUCAUUCAAUGAGCUACAAAAGUAAAUAAUAUAAAAGUAUAAUAUAGUGUUAAGUGAUCAUCAUUUGUAAUGUAGAUUUCUUGUAGCACAGAAACUUUGAUUAUUAAUUUCAUGAAUUGGAUCAUCAUAUCGGUAUUUAUCAUUUAUUUGUAAUCAACAUUUUUUUAAUGCAACUUAUCCAUUAUUAUAUAAAUCUAUUCUUUGGAAUUAUUCACUAUGUGAUAGUAUGCCUUAAUUUCAUUAAUUCAAUAAGUUGGAUUGGUAAUAUUUAUGCAUUUUGUAUUUUUAAUUCACAAAAAGACUAAUUUUUAAAAUUAAAUUUACUUACUCUCCGUUGCUUGAAUGUCACUGAUUAAAUAAAUUAAUUUCAAUAUUAAUAUGAAAUAGGCUUAUUAAUACAGUACAAUAGCUAAUUAAACUAUGCUGAAAAUUUGAAGGCUUUAACUUUACAGAUGAAAGAGUUAUGGUAUUUUGAGUGUCAAACACAUCUAAUUUUUUAAACAAUAAAUUUACUUACCCUCUGUUGUUCAAAUACCACCUGCUAAUACAUUAGUUAAAAUUGCUUAUUAUUAAAGCCCAAUAACUAAUUAAACUGUGCUGAAAAUUUGAAGGCUUUAACUUUAUAGGUAAAAAAAGUUAUGGAAUUUUUAGUAUUGAGAAUAGGGGCUACAUUUUUAUUGAAAUUUAAGUACUCUCUGUUGUUCAAAUCCCAUGCAUUAAUAUAUUAAUUGUAAUAUAUAACUAAUAAUAAGUCAUUAUUAAAGCCCAAUACUUAAUUGAAAUGUGCUGCAAAUUUCAGAGCUUUAACUUUACUGACUAAAAAUUUAUCUCGUUUUGAGUGACCAAGAUGUCUAUUUUCGGUCACAGAAUUUUGUAAAUUAUUUACUAAGGCUAUAUAAGGAAAAAUUAUGACACUACAAAAGUGAUAAUUUUUUUUCUAAUUAAGAUAGAAAAAUAAAUUUGGUAUCAAUGGAAAGGAAAUACUGAGACCUUUCUAAUGAUAUAAGUUUCAUUAAUAUAUAACAACUUUGAAUUUUUUAGUGAAGUACCUGUGUUCAAACAAAAAGUAACAAAUUUAAAAGUAAAAAUGAAAACUUAUCUGAAAUAUAGUAUUCCAGAGAACAGCAAAAGGAAGGUACAUAAUUUAAAAAGAAAAAAGGUUCAAGUAGUCUACGCCUACAUUAACCAGUAUGAAUUCUGUUACUGGGUUAGUUUUUGACUUGGCAGGGCCUAUGGUGGGGCGAUGCCAUUCAUUUGAUGUCACACAAAGUUAGCAGAUUUUUUCCCACCCUCCCCUAUAAUAACUAAAAAUUAGACACCCGUCUCAAAUGUCAGGAGCCCCUGCACCCCCUCCUAAAAAUAGCAUUCUUGUCAGUCUUGUCCAUUAUUGUCCUGUUCAAAAUAAUUCAUAUCCCAUGGAUAUCAAAUAACUGCACCUGUGUCAGAAAUAUUUUCCUUGAACAGUUGUUCAUAACCAGGGGUGAAAGCUUCCCCUUGGGUGCUAAAGACCCAGAAAAUUGUAUUUGCUGCCUUUGCUGGUUGUUGCUGCCUCUGUUAUUAUGCUUUUUGAUUAGCAGCAGUACAUGUUUUUGUGGUGAAUUUUGUUGGCACAUUAAUUUUAUUGUUUAAUUUAAUUCUUGUUCCGAAAGUCAAUUGAAGAAUUAAAACGAGAGUAACUAAAUUAUUUAACUAUUUUACUUUGUUUUAUUUUAUUUCAAUUUAAUUUAGAGGGGGGGGGGACGGGGACGGUUGCAGGAAAUGAUUGAAAAUGAGAGGGAUGUAGUUAAGAAUCCCUCCCUUCCCUAGAACUUUUAUUAAGAUUACAAACCCCCCCCAACCCCCCCCCCCCACCAUUUAAAAAAAAAUCUCACUUUUUGUGUUAGCUCUAAUUCUAUUGCACCUGUUCAUCAUAUCAACAAAAAUUCACACAACUGUCGAUGUCACUAGACCCUGAUUCUCCACCUUCCCGGUGUCCUGUAACUUCAGAAGAGCCUUUUUUUCUAAACUCGCAUACCUGUACCGAUUCUCUUAAUAAUCGUAAUUUUUAAAAAAUUAAAAAAAUUGUUAUACUUGUAUAAAAGAAUAAUGUUUAAAAUAUCUUUAAUUAGUGUUAUCCAGUGCAAAUUUAUUUGUGAUAAUGUUCCACUUUAUUUGUGUUACAUCACAUUGCUUUAAACCUCAUCCUACCCCUUGUCACAUUUCAUCACAAAAAUGGGACCACAAGCCACGUGGCAUCAAUUAUGGAUGGCCACUAUGAUCUAGGCCAAUCAUAAAUGUUCAUAGUAAUUAGUAAAGAAUUUAGUGCUGCUUUAAGUAGACUAGUUGUAGUUGUAUAAUUGAUUUUAGAACUUGUAAAUUAGUACUAUACUAUUUAUUACUGAUGUCGUGAGCAUUUUAUGACACUAAUGAAGAGUGUGUUUUUAUUAAAGGGUCAUCCAUAAAUAAUGUUGCACAGUUUUAGCAGGUUUUUGUGUGCCCAACACCCAUCAUCACAUCUUGUCAUAGAAUUGAAGCACUCCUAGCACAAGCACAUGUCAUCACAUAUUUUCACAGAAUCGAAGCACGCAUAGUAACAGCAAACAUCACAUAUUCAUAACGUUUUAAAGAAAAGCUUUGGGUAGGUCUAAAGGCAAAUGUAGCCUAAAACUUAAACUGUUGGAAGUUCCUAUUUUGACUUUGUCUGGACAAACAUUUUCAGCCACUAAAUUAUGUUUAAUUUGUAGACACAGAGAAUUUAAAUGGAUUGAUGAAAUUUUCCUUUGUUUUUUUUAUCUCUAGCGAUGGCAAAUCUGCGCCAAAUUGGAAACGACACAGAGUUUGUCACAGAAUUGAACAAUGCAGGAAUUAAACUUGUUGUUGCUGAUUAUUUUGCCACUUGGUAAGAUGCUUUGAUGUGGAGUUAAAUUCCUCAACUCGACAAUCUCUCUUCUUAAAAAUAUUUAGGCCUAUUUUUUACUGAAAUAACCAUUGCAGACAGACAUAAUUGUCAACCCCAUGAAAUCCAUAUGCUAAAAAUUCUUUAAAAAAUUGCUAUUUAAUUUUAUAUUUCAGUGUUUUUUAUUUAUGCAAAAAAUAAAAGUUUUUUUUCUUAAUUAUGUAGGAAUUUGUUUUCAAUAAUUUUAACAGGCAUUUGUGCCUAUCAUUUUAGUAAAAUAGCUUUUGGUGUCACCUAUCCAUUUUUCUAUAGUCUGAUUUUUACGUUUUGAAAAUAACCUUUCUCAACCAUCUUUGCUGUGGCCGUAUCUCCUAAUGUGUACAAACGCUUUUAUACAUUAUUCUAUAGAAACUAUUCUGGCAAGGUUAAUUUACUGGAAAGAUUUAAGUUAUUUUUGCCCAAGUAGACAAUUUUUAAUUCCACGCAAAUAUGGCUGCUGUUUCCCAAAUUUGACUCGUCAUUUACCGGCCGUCUCUCAAAUUUUACUCAUGAUUUACCUGCUGUCUCCGAAAUUUGACUCCUGAUUUACCUGCCGUCUCCCAAAUUUGACUCCUGAUUAACCUGCUGUCUCCCAAAUAUGACUCCUGAUUAACCUAUCCAUGAAAAUUCCAUUUCACCCAGCUAUUUAUCCACAUUUGUGGGAUUAUCCCUUUUAACUUUGCUUGAGAUGCAGUCAACAUGACCAUCAGCUCACCGGGCCAACAGUUACGAUAUUUGAUAUAAUCAAAAUAAAUGAUUGAGUUUGAUCUAUGACAAAUUGAUAAGAUGUUAGAAAACUUGAACUCAUGAACACAGGUUUGGUUAGAUGAAGAGUUGAUAACGCAACAAUGUAAUGUUCUCAAGAAACAUUCGACCUAACACUAGUUUUCAUAUUUAAAAGGGUUUAUUCAAAUUUCAUCAUCAUUCAGAUCCAGCUAUAUGGGCAUCUGCCCUUUGUUUCCAAAAUUUUCUUAUGUAAUUUACUAUGGACCAGGCCUGCACAAACUCAAAAUGUAAGUUAUGAAAAACUUGUGCGUGCCAAAAGAAAAUAGGACAAGGGGAAAGCUGUUAAGGAAAUAAUAAUAAUAAAAAAUAUUACGUUUCCUUGCGGGUCGCAAAGUUGGUGCUAGCGGGCCGCAUGCUGCCCAUAUGUUGUGCAGGCCUGCUAUAGAUGAUCUACAAGUUCUACAAGUUAACAUUUUUCCAGUAUCAUUUUACACUAACUGUCUCUGCACUGCUUUCAUUUAAUACUACUACGACUAAAGCUUGAAUGUGUUGAAUAACUUAUGUCGUUUUAUGCUUCUGAAGGUGUGGUCCAUGCCGGGAUAUAGCCCCAGCAUUUGAAGACAUGAGCAACCGCUACCCCAAGGCCGUCUUCCUUAAGAUUGAUGUGGACCAGUGCCAGGUUUGCCUAUUUUAUCACUUGUACUUUAGAAAUAUAUAUAAAAAGCUGUAUUACUUGAUGGUCAAAUUGAAUGAUUUCUGUUGAUGAUUGCCAACACUGUAACAGGAAAGUCACAAAGAAUUGUCUUCCUUGACUGGUUUAUCCAGCUAAAGACAAUGACAAAUUACAUCUAGGGCAAAGGGUAUAACUAAAUUCAACCAGAAAGACGUUCUCAAAAAAUUGCCUUCAAAUCUUCCAAACUUUCAUUAUUUCCAGGGGUCAUUUUAUUAAAAUAAUUCAAGAUUUGUAAGGCGCUUUUUUAAUUCAUUUAAAAAUACAUCUAUUUUUUAAUAAGUCUAAGAUUUCUUUCAGGACACUGCACAACAUGAGAUAUGUAUUUAGUAAUAAUUCUAAGAUUUCUUUCAGGAUACUGCACAACGUGAGGGUGUUAUGGCCAUGCCCACUUUUAUAUUUUACCGCAACAAGGUGAAGGUUGACCUGAUGCGUGGUGCCGACGCUUCCGCCUUGGAGGAAAAAAUAAAAAAAUGGUACUCAGAAGAUGAAGGAGAGGAAGGUGAUAGUCCGGUCAAAGGUCAUGUGAGUACAUAUGAUUUCUUAUUACCUAACUAACAUGCUAGAAAGGACAUACCAGGUGCCCAUUCAUGAAGAUAUCAUAAAGAAAAGGUGGAGGUGGAUAGGGGAUACGCUCCAAAAACCCCCAGAUGGCACCACCUAACAUGGAACCCACAGGGACAAAGAAAGAGAGGAAGCUUAGAUGGGUAGAAAGGCAUAAGAAGUAAGAAGAAGAAGAACUAACAUGCAUAUUUUGGUUAAAUUCUGGCUAGCUCAGUGGCAACCUGCGCCAUCUGUUGGGCAGUGCCAUAUAACAUUGUCUGAACAUAAGACUCUUCCGUCACCUUGGCCUCCCCCGCAACAUCCAGUGCAAGGUCCACCCAAUUGUGGUGCUAAGGUGUUUUCCGGCGCCACCACAGUUAAGCCGUAAUUUUUCAAGGUUUUGAGGGAGGUGAACCGUAGCACCUCGCCUAUUGCCCCCAGCAGUGCCAGGGCCUUCAGCCGGCCUGAACCCAAAGGGAGGAGGGGGUUCGAAAGGCCCUCGUUUGGAUUUCAUUCAUUUGUACCAGCCUUGUUAAGAAUCAACUAGACAUUAUUUUCUUUACCAUCUCCCGGAGAGAGACACCCAGCUGCGUCCAGUUACUGGUCUGUGAGCGGCAACAUUGAGGCCAGGGUCUCUUGUUGCUGGGCGGAAUACCACUUAUUAGAAAGUUUUCAUAUAUAUCUGCAACAUAUAAUAUAACUAAAUAUAUUUUAUAAAAAAACUUAACUUUACAGAAAGGAUUUUCAAGUUAAUGUUAAUACAAAGAUUGAGAUAAAUUUAAACUUUUUAUUUUUGUUUAAAAAGAAGUGCAAGAAAACCAUUAUAAAGCUGCAUUCAGGUUGAAGCAAUAAGAAAUAUACAAAGGUUAGAGGAAAAUCUGAAGGACACUAAUGGGAAGUGAACAUUUCGGUAAUAAGUGUAGUCUACAGGAAAUGGCAGACAUAUUGAACUACAGAAGUGACCCAUCAAAUCAAAGUGAACAUUUCAGUAAUAAGUGUAGUCUACAGGAAAUGGCAGACAUAUUGAACUACAGAAGUGACCCAUCAAAUCAAAGUGAACAUUUCAGUAAUAAGUGUAGUCUACAGGAAAUGACAGACAUAUUGAACUACAGAAGUGACCCAUCAAAUCAAAGUGAACAUUUCAGUAAUAAGUGUAGUCUACAGGAAAUGGUAGACAUAUUGAACUACAGAAGUGACCCAUCAAAUCAAAGAAUUUAAAUAUGAGAUUAACAAGAAACGUAAAAUAUUAGAAAUAGAUAAAUUAAAUAAGAUGGAAUAUAAGAUUACUAUAGAACAGCAACGACUGUGUAUGUAAGUGUAGCAAGGAUGUUGGAUGUGCGGCAAAUAUCAUGGAAAGAACUCAGAAGCCAAAAAUAGGCUCUUGUUUCAACUACAGAUAUUUAGAACUCAAGGCAAACACAAUGACAGGGUGAGAGAGGGGUGAGAGAGAGAGAAACUAAUCAGAAUAUUAAGUUUUUAAUUUUGUGUGGUUCAGAAAAUUGAUGGUCAAAAGAGAAAGAUUGGAAAAGACUUUAAAAACUCUGUGAAUUGUUGACUGAAUAGUUUUGUCACAGAUCAAAUAUUUAGAUAUUAAUUUUGUUUCAGAAGAAUGUAUUGUUUUGUUAAGUAGAAAGAACGGGAAGUUAAGCAGUUAUAUGAUGUACAAUGAAGGACCCGGAUGAAUGGCGGUUUGAAUAUAUUUCUUGAUUAGCACUUGCUAUGAUGACUUUUGUAUUAAACAGCAUCUUAAUGUUGAUUCAACAAAUGGGAAGUGGAGGAAGUUAGACAAUUAUAUUUGCUCUAGUUUACAGAGGUGUUAUUUCCAGUGGUAUACACUUUUCAGUUAAUAAAUGUUGUGAUGCUAAUAAGUCAUGGAGUUCUGGCCAUCGUGCUUUGUUAGGUAAUCGUGGACGUCUGUGAAUGUGAAUAAAUAAUGGAAGUAAUAACUACAAGUAACAUCGUCAUUCCAUACGAUCGUUACAAGUUUACUGAAUAGUUUAAUGAAUUUAUUGCAUAGAAACUUCAGCAUCUUGUGGUUCCAAAUUUUCACAAUAUAGCAAAUAUAAAGGUCAUAAGCUAAGAGUUUUUGUCUCUGUCUUAAACUCUUUUUGCCGUUGAAGCCCUUUUUGGCCGAAAUGGUCAUUGUCUGAAAUGGUCAUUGUCUGAAAUGGUCAUUGUCUGAAAUGGUCAUUGUCUGAAAUGGUCAUUGUCUGAAAUGGUCAUUGUCUGAAAUGGUCAUUGUCUGAAAUGGUCAUUGUCUGAAAUGGUCAUUGUCUGUUAUUUUCUUUCUUCAGGUUUUCCUUUAACCUUUGUAUAUUUCUUAAUUAAAAACAGUCUGGUCUCCCUUGACCGACAGUAGUAUGGUCUCCCUUGACAGACAGUAGUAUGGUCUCCCUUGACAGACACUAGUAUGGUCUCCCUUGACCAACAGUAGUAUGGUCUCCCUUGACCAACAGUAGUAUGGUCUCCCUUGACCGACAGUAGUAUGGUCUCCCUUGACAGACACUAGUAUGGUCUCCCUUGACCGACAGUAGUAUGGUCUCCCUUGACCAACAGUAGUAUCGUCUCCCUUGACCGACACUAGUAUCGUCUCCCUUGACCGACAGUAGUAUGGUCUCCCUUGACCGACAGCAGUAUGGUCUCCCUUGACCGACAGUAUGGUCUCCCUUGACCGACAGUAGUAUGGUCUCCCUUGACCGACAGUAGUAUGGUCUCCCUUGACCGACAGUAGUAUGGUCUCCCUUGACCGACAGUAGUAUGGUCUCCCUUGACCGACAGUAGUAUGGUCUCCCUUGACCGACAGUAGUAUGGUCUCCCUUGACCGACAGUAGUAUGGUCUCCCUUGACCGACAGUAGUAUGUUCUCCUUUGACCGACAGUAGUAUGGUCUCCUUUGACUGACAGUAGUAUGGUCUCCUUUGACAGACAGUAGUAUGGUCUCCUUUGACCGACAGUAGUAUGGUCUCCUUUGACCGACAGCACUCUACACAGCUCUUCCAAAUUUUACAUUUUGCGGACCAGUUUACAAGUGGAGAACUGGACCAGUGGACUAGUGGAGAACUGGACCAGUUUACAAGUGGAGAACUGGACCAGUGGACGAGUCGAGAACUGGACCAGUUUACAAGUGGAGAACUGGACCAGUGCACAAGUUUAAAAAAUGAUCCAGGGACCGGCACAAGAUUUAUUUAUUAUAUUUUCUUUAUUUGACCACAAUUAUUCGUUUUGUGCGAACCAGCAGCAUAAGGCUCAUGAACCGGUGCCAGUCUGUGAACCACCAUUUACGGAAUGCUGCUCUACAGAAUGCCUUAUGCUUCUUUAUUUUGUGCUUUAAUUGCCUUAAUGGCUGGAUCUGUUUCUUUUUUCACCAGAUGGACCUGUCUUCAUUGAUCAAUAAAUCAGCCAGUGAGUGCCUGAACGAAUCGGAUGACCACAAAUUAGAGCACUGCCUUUCCAACAAAAAGGGUUAUCUUGAGUCUGACUGUGAUGAACAAGUGAGUUCUAUUGGAGGUUACAAUAAAAAGGGUUACCUUGAGUCUUACUGUGAUGAACUAGUGAGUUCUAUUUGAGAUUACAAUAAAAAGGGUUAUCUUGAGUCUGACUGUGAUGAACUAGUGAGUUCUAUUUGAGAUUACAAUAAAAAGGGUUAUCGUGAGUCUGACUGUGAUGAACUAGUGAGUUCUAUUUGAGGUUACAAUAAAAAGGGUUAUCUUGAGUCUCACUGUGAUGAAUUAGUGAGUUCUAUUUGAGGUUACAAUAAAAAGGGUCAUCUUGAGUCUGACUGUGAUGAACUAGUGAGUUCUAUUUGAGGUUACAAUAAAAAGGGUUAUCUUGAGUCUGACUGUGAUGAACAAGUGAGUUCUAUUGGAGGUUACAAUAAGCUAAGCAGGCAGAGGCUUGUAACUAGCCAAGCAGGCUAAUGUUUGUAACUAGCCAAGCAGGCCUAUGUAUGUAACUAGCCAAGCAGGCUAAUGUUUGUAACUAGCCAAGCAGGCCUAUGUAUGUAACUAGCCAAGCAGGCCUAUGUAUGUAACUAGCCAAGCAGGCCUAUGUAUGUAACUAGCCAAGCAGGCUAAUGUUUGUAACUAGCCAAGCAUGCCCAGGCUAAUGUUUGUAACUAGCCAAGCAGGCUAAUGUUUGUAACUAGCCAAGCAGGCUAAUGUUUGUAACUAGCCAAGCAGGCUAAUGUUUGUAACUAGCCAAGCUGGCCAAUGUUUGUAUUGAAAUCAGGACUCGUUCAUGUUUUAUUUGCCUCCCUAACAGUUACUAAAAGAAAAUUGAUAAGAAAUAAAAGAAUCGAUCUAAUCUGAUUAUGACAUUAUUUCAUCCUUUUUUAAAAUUAUUGCCUUUGAACCAGAUGUUUCAAUGGAAAUAAACUAAAGCAUGUAAAAAACCAAGCUGGCAAGAGUUAAGUGAAAUUUAAAAAUUAGAUCAUGAUGAGUGAAAAUUAUGUCCUGACUAUUUUUUGAUGGUAAAACUUUGAUGAUAUUUAAUCAUGUAUGGAAAGUUUAGAUGAUAUUUAAUCACGUAUGGAAAGUAUGGAUAAUAUUUAAUCAUGUAUGGAUUAUUAUGAUGCCUACUAUUUAAUUCAUGGAUGGCAGAUAAAAACAUCUAAUGUUUUGUGUGCAGCGAGCGCUCUGCUAUUUAAAUACAAAUUUUUUUUUUUAAUAUCAAAACAACUUACAUAAAUUCAUUUAGUUAGACACACGUACAUUUGAAUUUUCAUGAAAUGUUCUAAAUUAUUAUCCAAAUGACUGGUCGCUUAUACCUUUUAUGUAUUUUCUAGCUCAUAAUAAAUGUAGGCUUUAACCAAGCGGUCAAGCUUCAUUCUCUAAAACUUCAUUGUUCAGGGGGUAAGUGAAACGUCAUCUAUUAUUUUCAUUUCUUUGAUUUAUUCAUUUUGACCAGUGACUUAAUUGGGAAGCAUAAAUGAAAUGAACAAGCUCUAAUUGAAAGAUAAAAAGACCGAUAAUCCCCAUUGCUACUGUUCAGAUGCAAAAAUCUCUAAAUAACACACCAUCCCUUAUUCUCUCAGGUGUGCAGAUUGAGUUUGCUCAAACAGUGCGAAACAUGGGCGUUUGCUACUAAUACGAAAAAUUACAUUAAAAUGCGUUGCAAGGCAAUUUUUCUAGAGCUGCGCAGAAUUAGUUAUAUCAGACCCUUUUUAACGUUCGAUGCAUCAAAGAGGCUGAUGUCCGCAUUCGUGCUAUCAUGCAUGGACUACUGCAAUGCUCUCAUGGUGGGUCUUCUGGCUAUGCUCCUGGAUAAAAUUCAAAAAUCACAGAAUAAUGCUGCUCGCAUUGUUCUGCGCAAACGCAAAUUUGACCAUGCUAAAACACUUCUGAGAGAGCUGUAUUGGCUGCCUGUCCAGGCUCACAUUGAAUACAAAAUUGCAACUCUGUGCUACCACUGCUGGCAUGACCUGGCGCCGUCCUAUCUCAAAGCACUCAUGACGCCUUAUGUACCCACUAGAUCACUCCGUUCAUCCGACAGUGGCAAACUCUGGAUGCAGUGAGUCCGUCUUUAGACCUACGGAAGGCGCACUUUUGCUUUUGCCGGGCCAAAAAUCUGGAACCCCCUUCCUGUGGCUCUCAGAAACAACCAGACACUGCAGUCUUUCAAAACUAAAUUGAAAACACAUCUUUUUCGCACUCACCUGCUGGGGUGAUGUAGUCUACCUCCUUGUUUCCAACUUGCUCAUAUUCCUCGAUGUAGAUAUUGUAUUGUUGCGUUUUGUAUCUUAUUUGUGGAAAAAUAUAAAUUGUCAUAUAUGGUUGACUUUGUACAGCGCUUAAUUAGCUUAAUUAGAGAUGAAGCGUGUUUUUGAAAUGAAAAUUAUUAUUAUUAUUAUAAAUGGACCAAGCAAAAUUAAAUGAUAACACUGAACCAUCAAUGGUGAAGAAUACAAAUAUAAGGGGUCGUUCGUAAAUUAAGCCACACUCAGGGAGAGAGUGGGGAGGGUCGAAAAUUUGUGACAAUUGGGGGGGGGGGGGGGUGAAAAAAAAAUUGUGAUGGCACAAAAAAGUUUGUUUUUUAAAAUCUAAAAUUUUUUACUUUUGAAAAAUCUUUAUUCAAUUAAUUUUAAAAACAUUAAUUUGAUGUCGAAAUUGCCCCAGGUUUUAUAGGUACCAUGAACCUCAGACACACACACCUUCUGCGCAUAUUGAAAAAAUGAUGCAAAAAAACUGUUUUGGCCAUUUUACAUUAGGCUGGGGGAGGACCUCGUUGUUUUGCGUUUUAGGUCACAGUUUUCUAUUGACAGUACAUCUUAAUCCAUUAAGGGAAAUGUCAAAGAAUAAAAUCAAAUCUUAGUUAAGUUAUGAAAAUUGUAUGUAUGUUUUGAAUUUUGUUUUAUAUGUGGCGUGACACCAAAGUAGUGGGGUGUUAAAAGAAUUUAAGACACUUUGUGAGGGGGGGGUGGUGUCUGAAAAAGAUAUUUUUUUGGGUGACAUAAUUUGAGAAAUGACACCUAAGAACAAACUAUACAACAGUGCAUAGGAGAAUGAACUGCUAUCAGUUAAUAGGAGAAUGAACUGCUAUCAGUUAAUAGGAGAAUGAACUGCUAUCAGUUAAUAGGAGAAUGAACUGCCAUCAGUUAAUAGGAGAAUGAACUGCUAUCAGUUAAUAGGAGAAUGAACUGCUAUCAGUUAAUAGGAGAAUGAACUGCUAUCAGUGAAUAGGAGAAUGAACUGCUAUCAGUUAAUAGGAGAAUGAACUGCUAUCAGUUAAUAGGAGAAUGAACUGCUAUCAGUUAAUAGGAGAAUGAACUGCUAUCAGUUAAUAGGAGAAUGAACUGCUAUCAGUUAAUAGGAGAAUGAACUGCUAUCAGUUAAUAGGAGAAUGAACUGCUAUCAGUUAAUAGGAGAAUGAACUGCUAUCAGUUAAUAGGAGAAUGAACUGCUAUCAGUGAAUAGGAGAAUGAACUGCUAUCAGUGAAUAGGAGAAUGAACUGCUAUCAGUGAAUAGGAGAAUGAACUGCUAUCAGUUAAUAGGAGAAUGAACUGCUAUCAGUUAAUAGGAGAAUGAACUGCUAGUGCUUUUUACAGUUUAAUAUUAAGUCUAAAAGUUAAAGGUAUUUUCAAACUCUAUUCUCCUGACUUAAGCAGAAACUCAUACUUAAUGGUGCUGUACUAUUGCAUAGUCAUAUGGUGCCCUACUACUAAAUAGUCAUACUUAGUGAAUAGUCGUACUUAGUGGUGCUAUACUAUUACAUUUAGUCAUACUGUGUGGUGCUAUACUAUUAAAUAGUCAUACAUGACCACACAAUAUAUGUAAAUGCUAUAACCAUUUCAUUAAAAUCAAUAACAAAGCCUACACAUAUAGUAUAUCUAUAUAUAUAAUUCGCCAGAAGAAGUAGGGCAAACAAGAUGCAGGCUAUAAAUAGAUAAGCCAGAGCAAGCAAGACAAGACACAGGCAAAACCUCCCCUCCCUUGCUUGGCCAUCUUUGGUCUCGAGACAUGCGCACUGUGGUGGAGCUACCACCCCCCCUCCUGCACCACCCUCACCCCAACAAGCUCGCGGUGUCUGCUAAGCGGCGGGUCGGCUAUAUUUAUAGAGUUCAUGGGCAUGAAAUAAAAAGUGUGUAGUGCUGUAUCAGGAAAAAGGGGAGUGGGGGAGGGUUGUAGAAAAAUUGGCAUUCUUAAAUGUGCAUAACUUGAGUUCACAUUUUUGUCAAGUAACUUUAGUAGAUGGGAAGUUCACGCAUUGUUGUCUCCAAUGUUUGGCGGCUCCAUCUAGUUGACAAUAUUCCUUUAUAUGCAAUCCUAACAUACUAUUCUAAUAAUUUAGUUGUUGUUUUCAUGUGUCAAUCAUUGUAUACAGUAACAUAGAAAAACAUUGACUGGGUAAAUUUUCAACAACUUUUUAAUCAAUAUAUCUGAAAAUAUGUUCCCCCUGCCUUAUAUUUGUAUGCAAUGAGUGAUGACACUCAAUUUGGGAGAACAGUUGACCCAUGUCCCUUUGUGUAAAAAGAGUUUGUUGAUUCUUGACGUUGAUUCCCCAGACAAUGGCCCUAAGAAUGUCAAGUUGUUUAUCAACCAGCCUCACACGUUGGACUUUGACUCUGCCGAUUCCAUGGAACCUAUGCAGAUGCUGGAGUAAGCUUGGCUAGACUCUAAAAUCGGUUUCAUCAUUGAAAUUUAAACAAAACAACAAAAAGAAAGAAUUAAUUGUAUAGGGUGUCGUUUCUUAUUGUGAGAGAUUCAAAUUUUUAUAAUAAUAAAGUUGAACAAUGAAGAAAUGAUGAAUUCAAACUGAUCAGCAGUAAAAUAAUUGAACUACUAUUAAUUCAAACCACAUGCUUUGUUUUUGCCACUGUGGUGCAUCAAAAUUUUUAUUUUUAACAAACAAAAAAAUUUGGGCCUCAGACAUUGUAUUUUUUUGCUAGGUGUCGCAGAAUGUUGUUUUCCACAGCAAAUAUGCACAUUUAUUCCAAGUUUUUUGUUUAAUUUAAAAUUAAUGUUUCAUGUAAAGCAAACUGGACUAUGCAGAUUCAUAUUUUGUAAACCUACUUUAAAUACUUAAAACAUUUCUUCUGUGUGCAACCGAAGGAUGAAAAGGUAUCAAAGUAUUUCUCAAGAAAUCAUUGUUUUAUCAUUACACACAAGGAAAAAGUUAUUUACCCUCAGGAGUCUUUCAAUUAAUAAGUUACAUGAUUGUAAAAUGUUGUACUCAGUUACAUGAUAGUAAAACAUAGCAACCUUUCACCGUUUUAAAUUGAUAUAAAAAAAGAGAGGUUUCAAAAAAAAAAAAACAGAUUUUGCACCAAUUUUAUUUUCUCAGCCUGACAAACAGGAAUAAAUCAACUGUAUUGAUAUAAACAGGAAUAAAUCAACUGUAUUGAUAUAAACAGGAAUAAAUCAACUGUAUUGAUAUAAACAGGAAUAAAUCAACUGUAUUGAUAUAAACAGGAAUAAAUCAACUGUAUUGAUAUAAACAGGAAUAAAUCAACUGUAUUGAUAUAAAUAGGAAUAAAUCAACUGUAUUGAUAUAAACAGGAAUAAAUCAACUGUAUUGAUAAAACAGGAAUAAUCAACUAUAUUGAUAUAAACGGGAAUAAAUCAACUGUAUUGAUAUAAACAGGAAUAAAUUAACUGUAUUGAUUUAAACAGGAAAAAAUUAACUGUAUUGAUAUAAACAGGAAUAAAUCAAUUGUAUUGAUAUAAACAGGAAUAAAUCAACUGUAUUGAUAUAAACAGGAAUAAAUCAACUGUAUUGAUAUAACAGGAAUAAAUCAACUGUAUUGAUAUAAACAGGAAUAAAUCAACUGUAUUGAUAUAAACAGGAAUAAAUCAACUAUUGAUAUAAACAGGAAUAAAUCAACUGUAUUGAUAUAAGCAGGAAUAAAUCAAUUGUAUUGAUAUAAACAGGAAUAAAUCAACUGUAUUGAUAUAACAGGAAUAAAUCAACUGUAUUGAUAUAAACAGGAAUAAAUCAACUAUUGAUGUAAACAGGAAUAAAUCAAUUGUAUUGAUAUAAACAGGAAUAAAUCAACUGUAUUGAUAUAAACAGGAAUAAAUCAACUGUAUUGAUAUAACAGGAAUAAAUCAACUGUAUUGAUAUAACAGGAAUAAAUCAACUGUAUUGAUAUAAACAGGAAUAAAUCAACUGUAUUGAUAUAAACAGGAAUAAAUCAACUGUAUUGAUAUAAACAGGAAUAAAUCAACUAUUGAUAUAAACAGGAAUAAAUCAACUGUAUUGAUAUAAGCAGGAAUAAAUCAAUUGUAUUGAUAUAAACAGGAAUAAAUCAACUGUAUUGAUAUAACAGGAAUAAAUCAACUGUAUUGAUAUAAACAGGAAUAAAUCAACUAUUGAUGUAAACAGGAAUAAAUCAAUUGUAUUGAUAUAAACAGGAAUAAAUCAACUGUAUUGAUAUAAACAGGAAUAAAUCAACUGUAUUGAUAUAACAGGAAUAAAUCAACUGUAUUGAUAUAACAGGAAUAAAUCAACUGUAUUGAUAUAAACAGGAAUAAAUCAACUGUAUUGAUAUAAACAGGAAUAAAUCAACUAUUGAUAUAAACAGGAAUAAAUCAACUGUAUUGAUAUAAGCAGGAAUAAAUCAAUUGUAUUGAUAUAAACAGGAAUAAAUCAACUAUUGAUAUAAACAGGAAUAAAUCAACUGUAUUGAUAUAAGCAGGAAUAAAUCAAUUGUAUUGAUAUAAGCAGGAAUAAAUCAACUGUAUUGAUAUAAGCAGGAAUAAAUCAACUGUAUUGAUAUAAACAGGAAUAAAUCAACUGUAUUGAUAUAAACAGGAAUAAAUCAACUGUAUUGAUAUAAGCAGGAAUAAAUCAACUGUAUUGAUAUAAACAGGAAUAAAUCAACUGUAUUGAUAUAAACAGGAAUAAAUCAACUGUAUUGAUUUAAACCAUGAUAGCAACAGUUUUAAACAGAAUUUUAGUUUUAGAGAAUCAAAAAGAUUUUAAAAUAGAUUUAUCAGCCAGUAAGUUAGAUAUGUUGAAUGUAGGAGUUUGUUAAUGGUCAUGUCAACUAUAAUCUUUCACUGUUCACUUCCUCACGUUCACAGACUUAAACCAGAGGAUCUAAGAGAAGGAGCAAUCAUCCCUCUUAAAUAUGUCAAGCUUCAGAAUGUGCUCAGUCUUACUGUAAGUGCUGGUAAUAGUUUAUAAUGAAUGUGCUCAGUCUUACUGUAAGAGCUGGUAAUAGCAUUCAAAUAACUGUAAGAAUUUGUCAUAGCAUUCAAAAAUUCAAAUAAAUGUGCUCAGUCUUACUGUAAGACAUUGUAAAAUCAUUGAAACAUUCAAAAAAAUGAUCAGUCAUACUGUAAUUCCUUGAUAAUUUUCCUUGUGUAAGUUUUAAUAUUUUAAAUCAUAAAUAGCAGUUUGUCAUUAAAAAAUGGCUUGUUACCCAAACAGUUAUGUUCUCCACAUUUUCUGCCACACAGAUGUUUGUUAAAGACAAUCAAAGUGGAGAUGACACAACGCGCAUCGAUUACUUGAGUUUCAUAGGAUCUCCAACCAACACCACAAACAUGGCAGAGUUUAGGAGGGUAGGUUUACUCACUUGUUUUUGUUGGACGGGAUGUUUGUCAUCAGUAUCUCAUCAGUAUCUCAUCAGUAUCUCAUUAGAAUCUCAUCAGUAUCUCAUUAGAAUCCUAUCAUUAUGUCAUGGAAUCUCAUCAGGAUCUCAGAGAAACUCAGUAUCUCAUAGAAUCUAAUCAUUAUCUCAUCAGUAUCUCAUAGAAUGUCUUAGAAUCUCAUCCAUCAGUCUCUUAUAGAAUGUCUUAGAAUCUCAUCCAUCAGUAUCUCAAAGAAUGUCUUAGAAUCUCAUCCAUCAGUAUCUCAUAGAACCUCUGAAUACCCACACAAACAUCCAAAUUAACUCAUGAACUACUGACCAAAAACAUCACAAACACUAAGAAGGAUCAGUUACAUUGUCUAGUUUUAAUUAAAUAUUUCACUAAAAGUUUUAUCAUUUAUUAACAUAUUUUAAAAUUAACAUAACAGAGGCAAGUUAAUGCAAUAAUUGCUUAACACUUAAUAUCCACAUGAUGCCAAGCGUCGGUGCCGACAGUCGAUUUUAAGCAUUUUAUCCACAUGUUGUCAAAUGGCACACAUAUAACUUAACAAGAAAAAUUAAAGAAUAAUCUUCCUUGCUUGUUCACUUCAUUCAUAAUGAAUAGAAUCGGACUUUUACAUAAAAAUGGCUUGUUUAAUGUCUGAGUUUUGUCAAUUUUUUUAAUUUUUGUUAAUACCGAUCAAUCGGUAGGAAAGGAGGGACUUGAUGAAUUUGAUAUCAAUUUAGAUGUAAUUAGACCUGAUUGCUCCAUUAAUUAUGCUACUGUAGCAAUACAGAUGUUUGAGCUUAAUGAGGCGAUAUCAAAAUUAUUGAGUUUACCAUCUUUAUGACCUACCAUGAUAAGGGGGGGGGGGAGUAAUGUGGAUAGUAUUUUUUUCCUUCCUCUGACUCUACUCUGUGUGGAUAGACUAAGUUAUUUUAACAAAUUAAGAUUAAAUUUGUUUAAAAAUGAAAGAAUAAUUGGGAUAUUUUCAGUAAAAAGUUGCUGCAUUUUUUUGUGUAAUCACUGUAAUCAAUCGUAUAAGAACAAAAUUGAUCGGCCAUUGUGGUCUCAAUUCAUUCUCAUUGAGCCAACAAGAAUAUUUUUGUUUUAGAGUGUACGUUAAUUGUUUUGUUAAUUCUUGACAGUCUUUUAUUUUUUUAUGUGGAUAUUUUAUUUUUUUACAUUACACUCUAUGUAAAUAGAUGGGUUUUUUACACUAUACCUUUUGUGGAUACAUGGGAGUUCUUAACACUUUACUCUAUGUGGAUAGAUAGGUUUUUUUUCCUCUAUAUCCUAUGUGGAUAGAUUUUGUUCUCUCUAUAACCUACGUAGGUAAAUAUUGUUUUGUCCUCUUUACCCUAAGUGGAUAUAAAAUGUUCAAGCAAGGACAUGUUUAAGUAAUUAAGAAGUUUAAAAUCAAUUUAUCAUAAUUGAUAUUAUAGCUCUGAUAAGAAAAUGUACAUCAAUAUGUCUGAGCAGCUCAGAGGCACUCUGGUAUUUAUUUUGCAAGUUGUCAUGUCCUACUAGCUCUUUACCCCACACACUGUUGUUAUCAUUCUGUACUGUGCAGGCAAUUUAGAGCUCUUCGGGUGCUUUUGAAAAAAGUGAUUUUCCACAUGCAAGUACUAUAGCUAGACCCCCAUAAAGUAGAUAUUUAUUGAAAAUAGGCUGAGUGGGGAAUCAUUAUACUAUUUUGUUAAUGCUAUUUUAUACUCCUUGACCUUGGGGUGGCCAAGAUUUAAAAAAAAAAUAAUGCAAAGUUUUCUUUUCAAGUACCUCAAACUACAGUUUUUAAAGGCAUAUUAUUAUAUUGUUUAUAUAAUAUAAUAGCAUUUGUAUUUAUCUUUCAGAAAAUGUAUUAUUUGUAUAUGUUUUAGUAAUUAAUAGAUUUUAAAAAAAAAUAGCUCCUGAUACCUAUAAUUACAUUCAAGUAAUCAAGCACUACAUAAACAAUAUAAACAUUACUAAACAUCAAGAGACAGCUAAAAUUUAAAAAGCUGCUAUAUAAAUAUUUAAUCCAUAAAAUAAAAUAUAAGAAAACAUAUAGAACAACAUCCAAUUAUUUUUUGUUGGUCCACAAUCAUCUGCAACAUAGUUUUGAACGAGUCCUGUUGUUGCAGCAAUGCGUAUUUGUUCCAGGCUUAGGUCUAGGUCUAAAUCAUCAAGAGUCCGAACUUUCGCUUUCUGGCUUUCUGACCAACUAGAAAAAUAAUUGGAAUUAUCAUUGUCUUCGUGUGUGCUUGGAAAAUCAUCUUCUGAAUCAUUUAAUUCAUGAACUAAAAAGUUAUCAAAACGAUUCCUAACGGAUUUAUUUUGUGAGCCAGAUGGUACGGCUAUGGCCUCAUUCUUUUCAUGAAAAUCUACUUGCACAAACUCAAUUGAUAAAGAUCGUUGUAAAAAUAACUCCAAAGUUUUAAAAAAGGGCACAGCAGAGCAAAAAACGGAAGUUCAUUUAUUAAUAAAAGGAAGUAGUUUUAUGUAGUGUAAAAUAUUCGACUGAAAGUUGUUCUGUCAACGCCAUUUUUAUCGGCUGAUUUUAUUGGUCUACACAGUACAGGAAGAGAAAAUCGGCCGACGACAGGCCGGUGGUUAACUAUUUCAGAAAUCUGAAAUUUUUCUAAAAAAGAAACUUCACAAAGCGAAAUAAACAAUCUUUUUUUUAAAAUCACCAUUUUCUUACCCAGGGCAUUGGUGACAACCACAGUUAUACAUGUAUAAUGCCUGAACAUAAAAUUUGUCUCAAAUUAGACAGUAAGCCAUUCUGAAAAUAUAUCAAUUCUGUGGUCAUUAAUUAAAAAAAAAAAUCAAAAAGUAUUAAACUAGUUAUCUCAUCUCUGAACAAUAUUCAUCUUUUCUGGUCCUGAUGUUCAAUUUUAUUUUAAUGAUAACUGCUAAUAAUUUUUUUUUUUUUUUUUUUUGUGUGCAAAUGUCACCCCCCCCCUCUCAACUGAACAUUGACUCUAUUUGACAGGUUGCUGGAAAGAAAGGAGAAAGCCAUUAAACACAGACAACAGUUAUUUAUUGUUUUACCCCAGCCAUCCGCGUCAUCGUCUCUCAAUCCAUACACAGAGGAAACAAAGCCCCAAGCUCACGUCACGCCUGCCGCUAUUUAACUCACUCUCUAACCUUUCCGGGGGUUUUAAAUUCUGACAUUCUGUCUUCUUGUUUAGUCUAAUGAAUAAUGUGUGGCACUCUGGCGCACAUGAACUUUUUAAUCCACCGGAGAACAGUAGAGUAUUAUUAGGACCUCACGUCAAUUUUCUGUUUUUGUCAUUGUUAUUCCAAGGUGCAGGGGGAUGGUGCGGUGCAACCAAGUUAUUUAGAUAUUGCAUACUUUGGAUUUCUUUAAUUUAAUAAUUUCUCAUAUUGAUUAAACCAAACUACAGAUCUGAAGCUUAAUUUACACCUUAACCAGUGCACCUAGGAGGAACAUAUAGAUAGAUUAUAUCUUUGAACAUAAAUACAAGUAUAUGCAGGAUAGGUAGGUAAAUGCUAGAAGCUCAGAUACUUUACAGGAAGACAUCACACGCCAUCAUCAUAACUAACACUUUGUUUUGAGAAACUGGUUGGCUGUUUUUAAUUGUUUUGAAAUUGUGCUACAACUUUUAGCAAUUCUGGUGAACAACACAACAGAAUGUACUACGUAAUGGUCAGGUCGCUCCCUGUGGACACGUUAUAUUGUACAUUCUUAAAGUACUAAAUAUUGCAUCUAAGAAAUUAGAAUAAAAUUUUAAGAAGUAAAUGAAAAGUUUCAGAAGUUAAUGUCAUUUUGUAUUGUUGUACUUGCAUUAUUAAAUAAAUGCGCAGUUCAAGUCACAUUUUCAUCUAAUAUUUUUUUACGCGCACUUUUUGUUUUAAAACAUAGUGCAUU